AUAUGGAAAAUGCAAGUUCGAUAGUGGUCUUCUGGGAAGCCAUUUCGUUUACUAUUGCGGUAUUCGUUGUUGUUAUCUCCAUCCUCAAGGUAGUCAGGAUUUAUCGUAAAGGGAGAAUUGAUAUAUUUGAUCUCGCGAGAUAUAUAAACAUGAUACUUCAUUUCUCUAUGGCCCUGGUGGUCUUUGUGUCUGAUGCCUCUUUACAAGAAAACAACAUCCCCUAUUCCUUACUUUAUUGGUACAUGUUCGAUGUAAAUAUUUAUUGCUUUGUCCUUCUGAAUUUUACUCUAUGGGUGAUUCUUCUGUCACAUAUACAUCUUUAUUCUAAACUAAGACAAGGGAUGCCUUAUACCACUAUUCUGAAGAGAUUGAAGAUAAUAGAAAAAAUUGCUGUAAGUUUGCUCAUACUCGUCCAUCUCGUGCUAUUUAUGACCAUAGUAUCUAUUUGAAUUUUUGAUGCAACUAAUGGGUGAGAAUGCUUGUACUGCCAGCGAGAGAGGCCUCCUGUGCUCUCUUUUAUCUGAGAGAUCUCGAACAAACUGCAGUCAUUCCUGUAUUACUCCAAAUGUGCCUUCUACAGUACCUUCUUUUUCCUAACUUUUGUACUGUCUAUUGUUUACCUCUAUUCGCUCAGGAAGCACCUGAAUUUUUAUUAUAAGCAAGUAAAGAACAUGUUGGUUUUUCUCUCCUUGCUAAGCUUGAUCUAUUUCGGACUUGAAGCUAGCCAAGAUAUUGUGGAGUUAAAGAUCAAAAUGAGCUUAUCAGAGAGGCUGAGGCCUAAAUAAUGAUGAUACUCUUACUCCUAAUGAGAGGUUCUGGCAUUUCUGUGUGAAUAGCGUGCUCCAGCUGGUCUUCCUAGCUUACAUUAUUCUCAGCAUGAAGUUGUUCAGUUUUCAUAGAUACUUGAACAAUAUCUUCAGAGGCUUUGGAGUGGAAGCAGACUUUAAGGAAGCAUCUAUCUUUAUUUACAGAUAUCACAGAAGAGUAGCCAGGGAUCACCUUCAGAAUAGAAGAGAUGCAGAGGAAUCUACUUGAGAAGAUGUCAAAAAUGAGAUCAAUAGGAUGGAGAAUAUGGAAACCCAUCUGCUCAUCGGUAGUGGUAGCACAGCUUCAGAACAUAGUGAGAACUACAUGAGCGAAUAUCAGAAGAUCUUGAAGUUUGAGCGUGAGAAUAGUCGUGUUAAUACUAAUCCUAAUAACUCAACGAGAAUUGGAAACCCAUAAGCUUUUGUUA